CCCCGACAGGACAGACUUACAGUUAACAACCAAUGCAAACGGACUAAUGACGACGAGUGCAGAGUGUGUCUGCGGCAAUGUGUGCAAGAACCCACUUGGCCUGAAGAUCCACCAGGCCAGGAUAAAAUGCUUGCGAAAGGAGCAACUGGUACAUCGCGCAGGGAUCUCCCCUGGUGAGACGCAGGAGGAGCCAGGCCCGGAGUCACCCCACAGUGACCGGAACCUCCAUGAACCAGUAGCCCCAGAUCCAGGCGAAGUAACAGAACAACGUCGGGUCAAGUGGCCUCCUGGCAGUAAGGACAAACAGUGGCUCCAGUUUGAUGAUGAUGUGGACAACAUCCUAGAAGCAGCAGCCAAGGGCGACGCAGACAGGAAGCUCAAAACCAUGGCAACCAUCAUUAUCAGCCUUGCUGCAGAGAGGUUUGGUAUGGUGGAGAAGGUGGGUACCAAGACCCCUUACAUAAACAACCGUAGGGCAGAGAAGAUCAGCCAGAUAAGGCAGGAGCUGCUGGUCCUGAAGCAGCAGUACAAGGAAGCACGAGACGAGGAAAGGGAUGCACUAUCAGAACUACGCGGCAUCCUCAGGAAGAAGCUCGCCACUCUUCGAAGGGCAGAAUGGCACAGACGGCGGGGGAAAGAGAGGGCUAAGAGACAGUCAGCCUUCAUUGCAAACCCCUUUGGAGUCACCAAGCAGUUGCUUGGGCAGAAACGAAGCGGCCACCUCGUUUGUCCCAAAGAGAAGAUCGACCACAAUCUCCACAAUACCUAUAGUGAUGUGGCUUGGGAGGAAGAUCUAGGUCCCUAUAGACCUUUUGUAGAACCCCCAGAACCCACCACGGACUUCAACAGCAAGGAGCCCAGUUGGAAGGAGGUUCAGGAGGUCGUCAAGGCAGCCAGAGCAAGUUCUGCUCCUGGACCAAGCGGAGUGCCAUACAAAGUGUACAAGAGGUGUCCCAGACUCCUUCUCCGGCUUUGGAAGAUCCUGAGGGUUAUCUGGAGGAGGGGAAGGGUAGCCCAACAAUGGAGAUUUGCAGAAGGUGUCUGGAUUCCCAAGGAGGAGAAUGCUAAGAACAUCGAGCAGUUCCGAACCAUCUCGCUGCUUAGCGUUGAGGGGAAGAUAUUCUUCGCCAUCCUAUCCCGUAGGUUGACGGAGUUCCUCCUGAAGAAUGAGUACAUCGAUACCGCUGUACAGAAGGGUGGAAUCCCAAAGGUUCCAGGAUGCCUCGAGCAUACUGGUGUGGUCACUCAGUUGAUCAGAGAGGCAAGAGAAGGGAAAGGAGACCUAGCAGUGCUGUGGCUCGACCUCACUAAUGCAUAUGGAUCCAUUCCCCAUAAGCUGGUGGAAACAGCACUGGAUCGGCACCAUGUCCCAAGUAAAAUCAAGGACCUCAUCUUGGACUACUACAAGAGUUUCAAGCUGAGAGUCACCCCUGGGACAGUAACAUCGGAGUGGCAUAGGCUGGAGAAAGGGAUCAUCACUGGAUGUACGAUUUCAGUGAUCCUCUUUGCCUUGUCCAUGAACAUGCUGGUCAAGUCUGCUGAAGUCGAGUGUAGAGGUCCGCUCACCAUGUCUGGAGUUCGCCAGCCCCCCAUCAGAGCCUUUAUGGAUGACUUGACUGUUACAACGACGUCAGUGCCAGGGUGUCGAUGGAUUCUCCAGGGCUUGGAGAAGAUCAUCACCUGGGCUCGGAUGUGUUUCAAGCCUGCAAAAUCUAGGUCCUUGGUCCUCAAGAGAGGGAAAGUGACUGACAAGUUCCGUUUCUCGCUGGGUGGCACCCAGAUUCCAUCGGUCACCGAGAAACCCAUCAAGAGCCUUGGCAAAACCUUUGAUUGCACCCUGAAGUACGCUGCCUCCAUUAAGGCCACAAAUCGGGAGUUGGAGGCGUGGCUGACAGCAUUGGACAAAUCGGGUCUGCCUGGGAAAUUCAAGGCCUGGAUCUACCAGCAUGGUGUUCUCCCUAGGAUCCUCUGGCCCCUGCUUGUGUACGAGUUCCCAAUAACAACAGUAGAGGGCUUUGAAAGGAGGAUCAGCCGUUACCUCCGCAGAUGGCUGGGUCUGCCACGAAGCCUGAGUAGUAUCGCUCUGUACGGGAACAACAAACUGAAGCUUCCCAUGAGCAGCCUGACUGAGGAGUUCAUGGUUACUCGUGCAAGAGAGGUGCUGCAGUACAGGGAAUCCAGUGACCCGAAUGUCUCCCGAGCUGGCAUCGUAGUCAGGACUGGGAGGAAGUGGAGGGCGGAGGAAGCAGUCGAGCAGGCUGAGUCACGCUUGCGUCACAGUGUGUUGGUCGGCCCAGUGGCAUCUGGUCGAGCAGGGCUUGGUAGCGUUCCAACCACGCGCUACGAUAAGGCCCGGGGCAAAGACAGACGCCGACUGGUCCAAGAGGAGGUGAGAGCUGGUGUGGAGUAACUGCGCGCUAGCCAGAUGGUGGGGAUGCGCACACGGGGGUGGCGCGCCCAGUCAGCUGCGGCGAAGCGGCUGUCAUGGGAAGAC